UCAAAAGAUCUGCGGACAAGAUUAUGGGCAGCAUUCUGGGUGAUAACAUGGUGUCUACUCAAUAUGACAUUGGUAUUAUCCAAUAAGUAUAUGAUCAGAGACUUGCAUUUCAGUUAUCCUAUAUUGGUGAUCUUGACGGGAACUUUCACAACAUUCAUUGGAUGUCUGUUCUUCACAUUCGUGCUCAAGCUAUCAGAGUUUCCCUACGAUGCCCUGAUGCAACGCAAGUGGAUCUUAUUGAUGUCUGCUGUGUUCCAAGCGGCAACCUACGUCCUGGAGAACAUUAGCAUCGUCACACUUCCAAUCUCGCUCAACCAGAUCAUCAAGUCGACGUCGCCAUUCUUUGUUGUCAUACUUAUGAUGGCAAUAUAUCGCACAAAGUAUCCUCUUGAGGUACUGGCCAUCACAUUGGUGAUUGUGGGCGGCGCUAUAAUGGCUGUCAUAGACAAUCCAAGCUUCGCCCUAACUGGCUUUCUCUACGCACUGGCUUCCACAUUGUUUGCUGCGGUCCAGACUGUGAUCAUCACCUCCCUACUCAAAGAUCCUAAGCUCAACAGUCUGGCCAUCCUCACCGUCACAUCAUUGCCAUCAACAAUUGUAAUCAUCCCCCUCUUCUUCAUUAUUGAGUAUCCAAAGAUGCGUGAGCAUCCUCCGGCUGACCCAUUGUACCCUAGUCUUUUGGUGGCUGCAUUGGCCAUCAUUGCUCUGUUCUACAAUCUCAGUCAUUACUAUCUUGUUCGAUACACUAGUGCAUUGUACUAUGCACUGGUGUGCAAUGCCAAGAUUGUGGUACUGAUCAUCAUCUCAUCGUUCAUCUUCCCCACGGCACCAUUCACUGUUGUCAACUACAUUGGAAUGUCCAUAACAUUGUUGGCAUUCUUUGCCUACAACAUUAUCAAGAUAAGCAGGGCACAACGACAAGCACUGCAACAACAACAACAACAACAACAGCAACACCAGGAACAAAAAUUUUAUAAUUCACCAUCAUCUCCAUCUGACACUGAUGUCGAUGAGUACAACGCACGUAGCACCAGAGUCUUUCCAAUCUUUGGCAGCAGCCGGCAACCUAAAUCAUUGAACGAUGAUGUCGAUCAAACAACACCACUUCUCAAGGACGAUAAUGAUCAAGAAGAC